CCUUAGUCUCCUUGCUGAACCCAUGUCCCAGUUCCGAGUCCUGUGGCGAAGACCCCACCAACUGCACCGACUCCAGUUACCCUUCUUGCCAGGAUAGUCACACCUUCAGCACCUUCCUCCUUGACCUCUUCAAGCUGACCAUAAGCCUAGGGGACCUUGAGAAGAGCGAGAACACCAAGUACCCAGGGGUCUUCAUCAUCCUCCUGGUUACCUACAUCAUCCUCACCUUCGUCUUGCUGCUCAACAUGUUGAUCGCUCUCAUGGGGGCGAUGGUGGGACAGGUCUCCAAGGAGAGCAAGCAGAUUUGGAAGCUCCAGUGGGCUUCCACCAUCUUGGAUAUCGAGUGCUCCUUCCCCAUCUUUCUCUGCAAAGCCUUCCGUUCGGUGGAAAUGGUCACUGUCAGCAAAACCUUGGAUGGGACGCCUGACCGCCGUGGUGUUUCAG